AUGUCGGCCGUCCCCAAGGGGACGAACGAUUUCCGAUUAGUAGUCAAUAUGCGAGCUGCCAACAGAGCAAUCAAGCGUGAAUAUUUCCGCAUGCCUCUCAUCGAUGAGAUGAAGGUCAAGCUCCACGGAGCCAAAUAUUUCUCCAAGCUGGAUUUAAGUAACGCCUAUUACCAUCUUGAGCUUAGUCCAGCAUCACGAGAACUGACCUGGAUUCUUAAGAGAGUGCGGAAUGUAUCGUUUCAAGCGCCGGCGACCCUGGAAGAGUUAGGAAAAACUGUAUCCAAAGUUUUGCAAAUAUUGAGGAAGAAUAAUUUAACUUUGAAUAUUAGUAAGUGCGAGUUUGAUAGAACCCACAUCAAAUUUUUAGGCCACGAACUGGACCAACAGGGUUUCCACGUGGAUGAGAAAAAAGACAGGACAAUCCUUUACACGGAUGCAUCACCUAAUGCAUUAGGGGCCGUACUUGUCCAGGAGAACAGCCGUGGACACUCCCGUAUAAUAAGUUUCGCUUCAAAGACUUUGACUUCUACCGAGAGACGAUAUGCUCAGAAUCAACGGGAAGCGUUAGGCGCCGUGUGGGGAAUCGAGCACUUCUCGUACUUUCUUCUAGGACGUCAUUUCGUGCUACGUAUGGAUGCACAAGGGGUGUCUUUCAUACUCAACCGUUCGCGUGAGAAUUCGAAGAGAACGCUGACAAGAGCGGAUGGUUGGGCGUUACGACUGAGUCCCUACGAUUACGAGAUACAGUAUGUUCGUGGGCGCGAUAACAUAGCAGAUCCCUCGUCUCGACUGUACAAUCACGAACAUGAUGAGCCGUUCGACGAAAUCUCUAGUCCAUGGGAGGUAGCAACUAUCGAAGUAAACUCGAUUGGGAUAUUAACGGAAGCUGAAAUACGAGAAGCAACUGCGAAGGAUAAAGAUCUGAGAGAAGUCAUGCUGGCCCUUGAAACAGGAACUUGGUCCACCUCCCUGAGCAAAUUUAAGUCUGUAGCGGAUGCGUUGUUGCAGAAUGGCCUAGUUGAGGGCUAUAUGAAACUUGUCAACAAGGCGAUGGCCACAGCGAUUUCUUCUGGAACUAGCUACGUGAAAGAACAGCAAGCUGCAGUUGAGACACACAACGCGGCGGCCCACAGCGUAACCAGGGUACCUCCCGAAGAAGUUCUAAUGGGGCGCAAAAUCAGGCGCCGGUUGCCAUUGCUUGUCGGAGGGAGUACGGAUCAUGAUGCAGACUUGCUCAAUGCAAGGGAUCGUAGAGCUAAGUUGCUAGCCAAAGAAUACGAGUAUAAUCGCCGAGGGGCGAAAGAGUGUCGUGUCAAGCCUGGUGACGUCGUUAUUGCUGAGCGAACAGCUCGGGCAAAAGGAGAUGCGAGGUUUGACCCAAAAAAGUUUACCAUAAUGGAAGAAGACAAUGGUAAUCUUGUUAUGUGCGAUGAUGCGGGGAAAAUAUUUCGACGUCAUGUCAGUCAAACCCGUAAGGUAAAAAAGUGGAGAAAUGGUGAGUCUUUACCAAAGGCUGACGACGCAGUUGACAGCAACAACAGUGAAGGUGAUACCUCGGGCGAUGCAAAACUUCGUCGUUCGGUUCGGGAUCGAAAGCCGCCGGCUCACCUGGCGGAAUAUGAGCGAAUUUGUGGACUGGAAACAUUAGAUAGAAGAUCCUCGGAAUGA